AUGAUAAAGAUGGAUGAGAAAUCAGGGAUUGCUAAAGUUGAUAUUCCAAUCACUACAAAGGGAAAGGUUUUUAUGUUUCUAAAGCUAAAGCAAGACUGGUUGAUAGUCAUAUUGGGCAUAACUUUUAUGGCAAUAUCAGCUGUUAGUACUCCAAUAUCGACUCUUGUUUAUGGUGAUAUAAUUGGUGCUUUGUCAAAUUACUAUCUUGGAAAUUAUUCAUCGUAUGAUGUCUUUAUUCAUCACUGCUUGAAAUUAUGUGGCAUAUUGAUGGCAGUCGGUUCGGGGAAGAUGAUUUCUGUUUGGUUGGGAAUGUCAUUAUGGUUGAAAUUUGGAGAAAUACAACAGCUGCGUGCAAGAUUUGCGAUCUACGAUAACUUAUUACAGCAGGAUGCAAAAUGGUAUGAUAUUAAUCCUAACAUAAUGGGUGAGUUGACUCAAGUUAAUCGAUGCAUUGAGGAGUUGCGAUCAGGAAAUGCUGAAAUUAUGGCUGAAACGGUACAAACAGUUGCAUUGAUUAUAGGGCUAAUAUUUAUGUCUUUCUAUCAAUCAUGGGCCAUUACAUUGAUAAUCAUGGCAUCGGCACCCGUGAUGGCUAUUUGUGCUUGGUACUUUGGGAAUAUCACUUAUCGUGCACAGGAGCAGGAGAACAACCACAGCUCAAAUGCUAGCAAAGUUUUAGAUUGGUGUCUUACUUCACCGUUGACAGUUCGAGUGUUUAACGGGAAAUAUGUUGAAAUGGCUAAAUUUAAUGGGUUCACAAAAGAGUCGGCAAAAGCAUACUAUAGAGUUGCCAGCGCAAUAGCAGCAAAUUUAGGAACAUUGAAAUUCCUUACUUUGAUGAUGUUUGUUCAAGGAUUUUGGUUUGGUAAUUAUUUGCUAAUGAAGGGAAAUGUUACUGUUAAUCAAUUGUUUACUUGUUUCAGUUCCUGUUUGAUGUUGGGACAGUCAAUGUCCAAAAUCAGUCAAUUGAUGACAAUAAUAAACACUGCCCAUGCUGCAGCUAGUAGGAUAGCAUCAUAUUUGCAGACAUUAAAUGAACAACAGUAUAAAAUGAGAAUAAGAAAGUACCCGUUAGCAUGUAAAGGAGAAAUUGUGUUUGAUGAUGUUUGUUUCAACUAUCCAGCUAGACAAGAAUUGGUUUUAAAAAAUACCUCAUUUACAAUUGAAGCAGGGAAGAUGAAUUUUGUUAUUGGACAAUCUGGUGCUGGAAAGUCCACUGUACCUCUUCUUUUAAUGAAGUUGUAUGAUAGAAAUAGUGGGACAAUCACAAUUGACGGUAUUGACAUUGAUGUGCUUGACCCGUGUUGGAUAUCGCAAAACUUUGUGCUACUUCAACAAACUCCCGUCAUUUUAAGUGGUACAAUGCGAGAAAAUAUUGCCCUUUCAGUGAUUGAAGAAUAUGAUUCUAUUGAAAACGUUCCCCUUGAUUUGAUAUGCGAAGCUGCAAAUUUCGCAUUGCUAGAGUCGGAUUUGGAAACAAAGAUCACCCCCUUAUCAUUAUCCGGGGGUCAGCAGCAAAAAUUGGCAGUUGCAAGAGCAAAGUUGAAGAAUCCUCCGGUAUUGAUUCUUGAUGAAGCAUUCAGUGCGUUGGACUAUCAAACCAAGAACAUUUUACUUGCGCGGGUGAAAGCUUGGAGAAGAGGUAGGACUACAAUCUCAAUAACACAUGAUUAUAGUCAUAUUGAAGCGAAUAAUAAUGUUAUUAUGAUGGAUCAUGGGGUAGUUGUUGGGCAAGGACAAUCUACCUCUAAAAAGUUUGCUGACUUACACGAUGGUGAUCUUACUUUGAAAAAUGAAACUGAGAAUCGAGGAUACACCGUUGAAAAAGCUUCAGUUAAACCUGUUGAAAAGCUGGAGGACAACGAACUUUUAAUGGGAACUUUUGCAAUUUUAAAAUAUUGCAGCUACACAAUCGAUACAAAGCUCGUCAUCGCCAUAGGUAUCAUAAUUUCUGUCUUGGAAGGUGGUGUUUCGCCAGUCUUCUCCUAUUGUUUUGCAAAAUUGCUCUCCACUACAAUAGAGGCAUCCAUUGGUGUGAAUGUCACUAAACAAGUCAUUCAAUGGUCAGGUGUAUCAAUUGGAAUUGCAUCAUUUAUUGGAAUUGCCACGUAUGGUGCCAAGUUUUUAUUAUCGUAUGCUAGUGAACGAUGGAUUAUGAUGUUGAGGAAACUUGCUUUUGAAAAGAUAAAUGGACAAGAUAUGCACUUUUUUAAGGAGAUGAAGACAGCCGAAGUGGCCACUUUGUUGAUGAAUGAUACACGAGAUUUGAGGAAUUUAGUGAGUACAUUUUUGUCUGUUAUUGUUAAUUUGGUAGCCAUGGUACUUAUUGGGAUUAUAUGGUCAAUAAUUGCUGGGUGGAAGUUGGCACUUGUUGGUCUUUCAUUUGUUCCUUUGAUAUUGUUAAUCACUGCUGUAUUCAGUAUAAUUAUGCAAUCGGCAGAAAACAGAUACAAAUCAAGUGUUGUUAUACUUGAAACUCAUGUCCAUCAAACAGUUUCUUCAAUCAAGACAAUUAAAUUGUUUGCCAUGAAUCGACAUUUUGCUGAUAGAUUCAACCAAUGUUUGAGCAAAGUUAGCAAGGAUGGUAAUUUCCGAGCAAUUCAAACUGGUGUUGGCUAUGCAUUGAAUGAUUUGGUUUCAGCGGUUGCAACUGGUGUUAUAUUAUACUAUGGUAUGGAGUUGACGGGUAAAUUUGAAUACACCCAUGGACAGCUAUUACAAGUGGUAACGUUGCUUACAUUCACCUUGGCUAAUGCAGCCAGUUUGAUCCAUUCAUUGCCGGAAGUCACUAGAGGUCAACGAGCAGGAACAUAUAUUGUUAAAUUGCUUGAACUGACACCAUUUGCUAAAAUUGAAAAUGAUGGGUACGCGACACCUAAGAUUAAUAACGAAGUAAUUAAGUUCAACAACACCUGUUUCAAAUAUAAUGACAAAUAUGUAUUACGCAAUGUUUCAUUUAAAGUUUACAAGAAUCAAUUGGUGGGAUUAGUAGGGAGGUCAGGUUCAGGAAAAUCAACAAUUUCAUCACUCCUACUACGUCUUAUUGAUUCAGAUUCCAAUUCUAUUUCCAUUUACAAACAAGAUAUAUCAACUGUUAAUAUUGAUUGGUUAAGAGAAACUGUUAGUAUUGUACCCCAACUUCCCAAAUUCUUUGAAGGAACAGUAUUGGAAAAUCUUAUUUAUGGAAUUAACCCAACACAACAAAUCAAUUUUGAAGAUUUAAAACGUUAUCUUCGAUUAUGUGGGAUGUAUGAUUUUGUAAUGUCAUUGCCUGAAGGAUUACAUACUAGAGUUGGUGAGGGUAAUAAUACUUUAUUAUCUGGGGGUCAAUUACAACGAUUAUCCAUAGUUCGGGCAUUGAUUAGACGACCCAAAUUGCUAGUCUUUGAUGAAUGUACAUCAAACUUGGAUCCAAUAAAUGCCAAAAUGAUUAUGGAUUUGAUAAGGAGUUUGAAAAACAAAUAUACUAUUCUUUGUAUUACCCACGAUCAAGAGAUGAUGAAUAUGGUUGAUGAAUUGUACACUUUGAUAAAUGGAACAAUUGUAUAA